CAGUACCGUCAUUUUAUCCAAUCCCACCGUCUCAACUCAACAAAACUUUUAAUAAAUACCGAUAUUUGUCCACAUCUCAAUUCUUCUCUUUUGCAAUUUUAUAAAGUUAAAAACCCUAACUAUCCAGUCCCUAAACUUCUACCCUACUUUCAAUCUCGUCCCUAAUUAAUGUCUCGUCACCGCCAAUCGCCUCUGCCGCCGCGUCCACCACCGCGCAUGGAAGUCCGAUCCGUAUGGGCAGAGAAUCUCGAAACCGAAUUUAACCUAAUACGAUCCGUAAUAGAUAAAUAUCCGUUAAUAGCUAUGGAUACUGAAUUUCCCGGAGUCGUAGUACGAUCCGCGGCGGACGAUUUGACUCACCGAGACCCGAAAUUACACUACUCGAAUCUGAAAUCUAACGUGGAUAUGUUAAAUUUGAUUCAAUUAGGGCUCACGAUGGCCGAUUUUGACGGUAAUCUACCGGAUCUUGGAUCUACAAAGAAAUGUUAUUAUAUUUGGGAGUUCAAUUUUUGUGAUUUCGACGUGUCACGUGACCCGCACGCGCAUGAUUCCGUUGAAAUGUUGAGGAGUCAAGGGAUUGAUUUUGAAAGGAACAGGAAGUUCGGCGUGGACUCGGUCAAAUUUGCGGAAUUGAUGAUGUCAUCAGGUCUCGUUUUGAAUGACUCAGUGAGUUGGGUGUCGUUUCACGGCGCUUAUGAUUUCGGUUACUUGAUCAAAUGUUUGACGCAGAGUGUGUUGCCUGGGGAGUUAACGGAGUUUGUUGAAUUGGUUAGGGUUUUCUUUGGGAGUAAGGCUGUGUAUGAUGUGAAGCAUUUGAUUAAGUUUUGUGAUCUUUUUGGUGGGUUGGAUCGGGUCGGAAUGGCGUUGGGCGUUAAUCGGGCUGUAGGGAAGAAGCAUCAGGCGGGGUCGGAUAGUUUGUUGACAUUACAUGUGUUUCAGAAGUUGAAAGAGAAGCAUUUUGAGGGUAAAGAUGAUGGGAAAUUAGAUAAGUAUGGUAAUAUUUUGUAUGGUUUAGAAAUUUUACAUGAAUGAAGUUUGAAAUUUUAUGAAUA